AGGCAGCGGCUGCACGUCCGUCCAGAGAGAGAGGGGGAGCUCACGCCGCAUAGCGUUGCUGCCGAAUGAAACCGACAGUCAUAUUCACGGUCUUUUCAAAUGGAUGUCUCCUUUGACACCGCCUUUUGACACUGGACGGUUCUCUUGUAGCCGCGUUGAGCGUGAGAAACACCCCAUCCCCGGCUCCGUUUUUGAGGUAACUGGUUUGUCUCGACGACACGGAGAGGACCACACUCCCCGCGCCACAGCCGCCGAUACCGUCGUUAGCUCGCUAAGCUAGCUAGCCCGCUCACUUAGCUGUGAUACUUUGUACCGUAUCGGCGUCAGUUUUCUGCCUCGUAGCUAGCCUGCGGUGUCUUGCUCCACGGCAGUGGAUUGAGGUGACCCGUCACUCAAGGAGCAUGUCUGAGUGACAAGUGAAGGAGGUAGCGGGAUCUCUGACGCUCCGCCCCCUCUGCUGGUGGAGCACCCUGCACAUCUGACCAGAGACAUCUUUAGUCUUGGACAGGAUGCGGAGGUUUGCCUACUGCAAGGUGGUUUUAGCCACCUCUCUGGUGUGGGUGAUGCUGGACAUGUUCAUUCUGCUCUACUUCAGCGAGUGCAACAAGUGUGAUGACAAGAAGGAGAGAGGACUGCCCGGGAGAGACGACACCCUCAACAGGCCGCGGGACGGGCCAGGUGAAGGGGGGAAACCUGUGGUGAUCCCUAAGGAGAACCAGGAGAAGAUGAAGGAGAUGUUUAAGAUCAACCAGUUCAACCUUAUGGCCUCUGAGAUGAUUGCCCUAAAUCGUUCACUGCCUGACGUUCGCCUGGAAGGGUGCAAGAACAAGUUAUACCCUGAUAAUCUUCCUCGCACCAGCGUGGUGAUUGUAUUUCACAAUGAGGCGUGGAGCACACUGCUGCGAACCGUCCACUCCGUCAUCGACCGAUCUCCACACACACUGCUAGAGGAGAUUGUCCUAGUGGACGAUGCCAGCGAGAGAGAUUUCCUAAAGCGGCCAUUGGAGCAGUAUGUCAGAAGGCUUGAAGUACCUGUCAGAGUGGUGAGGAUGGAGCAGCGGUCGGGACUUAUCCGUGCUCGUCUCAAAGGAGCGUCCAUCUCCAUUGGCCAGGUUAUAACCUUUCUGGAUGCUCAUUGUGAAUGCACAACAGGGUGGCUAGAGCCUCUGCUUGCCCGCAUCAAGCAAGACAGGAGAACGGUGGUGUGCCCCAUCAUCGACGUGAUCAGCGAUGACACGUUCGAGUAUAUGGCAGGGUCUGACAUGACGUACGGAGGCUUCAACUGGAAGCUCAACUUCCGCUGGUACCCCGUACCCCAGAGAGAGAUGGACCGCCGCAAAGGAGACCGCACUCUGCCUGUCAGGACUCCCACCAUGGCAGGCGGCUUAUUCUCCAUAGACAGAGAUUAUUUCCAAGAGAUCGGCACUUAUGACGCAGGCAUGGACAUCUGGGGUGGAGAGAACCUGGAAAUCUCUUUCAGAAUCUGGCAGUGCGGUGGGACACUAGAAAUUGUCACAUGCUCUCAUGUGGGUCACGUGUUCAGAAAGGCAACGCCCUACACGUUUCCCGGAGGAACGGGACAGAUCAUCAACAAAAACAACCGACGCCUGGCAGAAGUAUGGAUGGAUGAAUUUAAAAACUUCUUCUAUAUCAUCUCUCCUGGUGUGACCAAAGUGGACUAUGGUGACAUCAUGUCUCGCACUGGUCUGAGACAAAAGCUUCAAUGUAAACCCUUCAGCUGGUACUUGGAGAACGUCUACCCUGACUCCCAGAUCCCCAGGCAUUAUUACUCACUGGGAGAGAUACGCAACGUGGAGACCAACCAGUGCCUGGACAACAUGGCCCGCAAAGAGAAUGAGAAGGUCGGAAUUUUCAACUGCCACGGCAUGGGAGGCAAUCAGGUAUUCUCCUACACGGCCAAUAAGGAGAUCAGGACAGACGACUUGUGUCUAGACGUGUCCAAGCUAAACGGACCCGUCAUGAUGCUCAAGUGCCACCACCUCAAAGGCAACCAGCUCUGGGAGUACGACCCUGUGAAGCUGACUCUGGUCCACGUCAACAGUAACCAGUGUCUGGACAAAGCCAGCGAGGAGGACAGCCAGGUGCCCAGCGUCAGAGACUGCACACACACACGCUCUCAACAAUGGCUGCUCCGCAACGUCACACUACCAGAGGUCUUCUGACCACACUCUGCACACUUACAAACACACACACUCACACACAGCGGCCCAGAGUAAGCAAUGAGGGGAAUGGAUGUGUUUAUUGAAAUUGGGCACCAGAAAAGGAAAGACUUCCCAUGAGGGGACUCGGGAAGAGAGGAGGACGGAUUGGACGGUACUACCUCUGCCAGAGAUCAGAGGGAGGAGUGUGUUUGACCCUCCUCAGAGCGGGAAGAGAGAAAAGACUCCCUCUAGGAGACGAUGGGUGUUGUUUUACGUUUGUCUUGUUUUUUUGUUUUUUUUAAAGAGAUUUUAACUGCGCAGAGUGACUCGCUCUUGGGAAUUAAUAUGAGACUGGCUGGUGGAGUCGAGGUUCUGCACUCACAGCUUCCCUGGACAAAGCAGUCCACCCCUCAACUCAUCACUUAAGGUUUACUGACUGCCUCUUAUGAGAGAGUGUGUGCACUUCUAUGUGCGUAUGUAUGUGUGUGAGUGAAUGGGUGUGUGUGAGAUGAACGUAUGCUGAGAGAUGGGGGCUGAAUUCCUUGUUGAUUUCUUCUUCUUUUUUAUUUAAUUUUGUAAUGGAUUUUGAAAAUGAACUCUGGUGAACUCCUAUGAAGAAGGGUGCAUGAGUACGUGAGCGUGUGUGUAUGUGUGAGACUGUCAUGUAUGCAUGUGUCAGAGCCCCUCCUACAGUCUUGCAGCAGUGUAUGUCUCCCUCUGGUGUUACUCCUUGGCAUUUCAUCCAACAGACUGAAGCCUCCAAGGGAAUGCACACACAAAAAAAGAAAAAAGAGGACCGAAACAUGACGACCCUACGUCGGCAGAGAUCUAGUGAUAGAGAAAAAUUAUGUUUGUGAUAUCUUGAGAUUUCUAUGUCCAGUUUUUACAUGGCUUUGUCUGUUUCUACAGUCCUGUGAGAGUGCCACAGAGCAGUAACCCUAGUCUGUCUGUCCGUCUCUGUUGUCUUUAAAGAUGUUUAACAUAGAGCUAACACACACACACACAGAGGACUCUACAUAUAUAACUGGUGUUCACUGCCUCAUGUAGUGUUAAACCACAGGGAACUCUCCCACAAGGCACUACAUAGUCACACACACACAAACACACACAUCCUGUAUACAUAUAGGAAAGAGGCUGCACUAGCCUGAUUCUUUAAUCCAUUCUGGCAUAUCUUCUUCUCAAUGACCUCUUAAAAAAUACACUCCAAGGGCUUUUUUCCUCCGGUGGAGUGUGUGGAUGGAUGCAUCGGUGUGGGUGUGGGUGUGGGUGCGAGCGCGUGAGCGUGGAUGUGUCUUCAGUACUAAUCUCACUCAUCAUCAACUCCCUGUUUACUAGAACACACAGCUUUCCAAAUCCUCGCUGUUGGACAACCAAGAGCCCCGUAGCAUAGCCUGACAGCAGAUCAGCAUAUUCCUGCUUCCGUUGUUUAAAAAAAAAAAAACAGAAAAAGAGCAAAAGCUACUUUUAUUUGCUGAA